AUGCCGGGGCAGCGAGCGGCGCCAUCUUGCCUCGUUGGGCGGCCGGGGUCUUCUUGGGAAGCAAGAGGGGAGGAAGCUGUGGUUCAGCCUAUGGCUCUUUUCCCGGCCUUUGCCGGCGCCGCUGAGCCCGGGGAGACGCCAGCCAGCGGUAGCGAGGGCUCCAGGAGAGAAUUGGACUGGCUUAGCAAUCCAAGCUUCUGCACAGAAGAUGCACUGAAACUGCACCAGCGCACUGCAAAGGCUGCAGAUCUUACUCCUGAGAGAUCACAACUUAUAAGGAGUCCUUCAAGAUCAGAGCUCUCAGGAGGAAGUGAUACCAAUGAAGAUCUAAAAAAAUCAACUAAGAAAAGGAAAGGGAAAAAGAAAAAGCAUCAUCACCACAAGAAAAGAAAAAAGAAAACCAGAGAGGAAUCAAGUAACAGUGAGUCAGACUCGAACAGUGAGUGUAUGAAGGAUAAACCUAGAGGAAGUGACACAAACCAUGAAAGAGAAGCAGCAACAUUGAAUCUAGAAGACAUAACAUCAAAUGGUGCCACCAGUCGCUUUGUUUGGCUUGAGGAUAUUCAGGCUUUGACAGCAGAAACCUUCAGAACAGACAAGAAUCCAGACCCUGCAAACUGGGAAUACAAGUCACUGUAUCGAGGGGACAUAGCAAGAUACAAGCGGAAAGGUGACUCAUGCCUUGGUAUUGACCUAAAGAAACAACGUAUAACUUGGGAAAGUUCCAUGGUAGAAAAGAAACAGUCCCACAAGCGACCUGAACGCUACUUCACGAAGAAUAGUGUGCAUUUAUUGAGCACAGAUGGAAUUCCAGUUUACAGUAAAAGCCAAACUUCUUCAUCUGGUCUAAGCACUUUUAUACCGGUUUCACAACUGGACAGUGAUGCUCCUCCUACAACAACAUAUGUGAAUCCUCUUGGGAUUUAUGAUCCAUUGACCACACUCUGGUUGCAAGGAAAAGGUCCCCCAGAGCAUGAGACUUUAAAGCAGCAGGCAUCCCAAGAGACCAGUGAGAAUGUUAACUCUGUUCUAAUUGCAAAAGUGGAAGAAUAUAAUAGGAUGGUCAGAGAAAAUCCAAGAGAUGUUCACACUUGGAUGGAAUUUGUUUCUUUUCAGGAUGAAAUAAUGAGAGGACCCAGCCCUUAUGCCAUCAAAGCGGGAGAGCAGGAAAUAAGGAGAAAAUCAUUCAAGCUAAUCCUAGAAAAGAAACUGGCCAUUUUAGAGAGAGCUAUUGAAAGCAACCCAAAUGAUGUUGAUUUGAAACUUGCCAAGCUGAAGCUUUGUACAGAAUUCUGGGAACCAUCAACUUUGAUCAAAGAAUGGCAGAAACUAGUUUUUUUGCAUCCCAAUAAUCCAGUCUUGUGGCAGAAAUAUCUCUUAUUUUGUCAAAGUCAGUUCAGCACCUUUUCAGUUUCAAAAGUCCAUAGUUUAUAUGGAAAAUGUUUGAGCACUUUGGCAGCUGUACAGGAUGGCAGCAUGGUGUCACAUCCUGUACUGCCUGGCACAGAGGAAGCUAUGUUAGCUGUCUUUCUUCAGCAGUGCCAUUUUCUUAGACAGGCGGGCCAUUCUGAGAAAGCUGUGUCUUUGUUCCAAGCCCUGGUUGAUUUCACCUUCUUUAAACCUGACAGCGUAAAAGAUCUGCCAACAAGAGGACAGGUGGAGUUCUUUGAACCAUUUUGGGAUAGUGGAGAGCCUCGGUUUGGAGAAAAAGGAGCAAAAGGCUGGAAAUCAUGGAUGCAUCAACAAGAAAAGGGAGGCUGGAUUAUCAUCAAUAAACCUGAUGAGGAUGAGGAAGAUGUAGAUGAAGAUCAAGAAAUAAAGGAUAAAACUCUACCUAAAUGGCAAAUUUGGCUGGACAUUGAAUGUUCCCGUGAAACAAGGCAUUGGCUGCCUUGGCGACCUGACAAAACUAAAAAGCAGACUGAAGAAGAUUGUGAAGACCCAGAGAGACAGGUAUUGUUUGAUGAUCUUGGGUCAUCUUUAAUCAGACUUUCUAGCCCAGAUCUUCAGUUUCAGCUGCUAUACUCAUUUCUGCAAUUCGUGGGAGUCCCAUGUGGGUGUAGUCUCUUUCCUUCAAAUCUCUAUAUCGCUAUGGAUGAGAACAGUAUCUUUGACACUGGGCAGUCUGAAAAGCCACUGACUUCUUUUGACUCACUGCUUUCUGGAGUCAAUAGUAUUGGCCAUAUGGACACAAUGACCAGAGGGAGACAGCGCAUAGGACACUGUAAGGAAGGAGAGGAGUUCAUACAGAAUGUCUUUCAUUUAAUAUUACCGUUGUUUUCAGGAAAGGAAAAGUCACACCUUUCUGUCUGUUGGCUACAAUAUGAAAUCUCAAAGGUUGUUCAGUGUCUCCAAGCAAAAAACAAGAAGAAACUGAAGUUACAGGGAAAGAAAAGCAAAAAACUAGCCAAGGAUCUCCUUAAGGCAUCUGAAAACCGAAACAACCUUUCCCUCUGGAAACUGUAUGCUUACUUGGAAUGGUUACUUGGCAACACUGAAGAUGCUAGAAAAGUGUUUGAUACAGCUCUUUGCUUGGCAGGCACUGAAGGAAUGAGAAAUACCCAACUCUGUAAUCUGAGCCUGCUUUAUGCUUCACUGGAAGUGGAGCUACUAGAGAGUUUGGAGGAAACUGUUAUGUCACGUGCUUUACAUAUAUUGACCAAACUGGCUGAAAGUGGACCAUAUGUACCUUAUACUGGGCAAGUGCUAUCUGUGAAUAUCUUGAAAGCUCGGAAGGCAUAUGAGCAUGCGUUGCAAGAUUAUUUAAAUGAAAGUCCAGUCUCUAAUUGGGAUCAGGCCAGCAGUUCUAGCCGACUGGUUAGUUUAGUUGGUUGUUAUGCACUUUUCCAGUAUUUGACUGUUGGGAUUGAUGCUGCUGUAUUAAUAUGUAGACAUAUUUCUGAAAAGCUUAAAGGUUCUGCUUCACAGAAGUUUGAAAGCAUUGGAGAAAAUCUUGGCAUUCAUAAUUUCCCCACUGCUCUUGAAGCUGUCACACUCAUGCACACAAAUUUACUCAGGUACCAUAUGAAAGUUAGCAUUUACCCUUUAAAUCCACUGCGAGAGGCAUUAACGGAGGCUUUGAAGCUGUAUCCUAGCAACCAGUCUCUUUGGAGGUCAUAUAUCCAGAUCCAAAGCAAGUCUCACAAUGCUAGCAAAGCACGAAGAUUUUUUGAUAGUGUCACAAGGUCUACUAAGUCCCUAGAGCCGUGGCUGUUUGCAAUCCAAGCAGAGGAGAUGAGAAAGAAGCUUGUCGAGAAUGUUCAGAGAGUAGAUGUUGGAGAAAUACAUUCAACAAUUCCUGAAACUGGGUUAACAAAUCGGAUCAAAGCUUUAUUUGAACACGCAAUUCAGAGUGAAAAUGGUGCCCAUUGUCCAUUGCUGUGGAGAAUGUAUUUGAACUUUCUGUUUUCUCUAGGAAAUAAAGAAAGGAGCAAAGGACUGUUUUAUAAAGCCCUUCAGAACUGUCCCUGGGCAAAGGUGCUGUAUAUGGAUGCAAUAGAGUAUUUUCCAGAUCAACUGCAAGAGACCCUAGAUCUAAUGACUGAAAAAGAAUUGAGAGUAAGGGUACCUAUAGAAGAACUGGAAUUGCUACUGGAAGAUUAAAAGAAGAUGGU